AUGUUUAGUCCUUAUUUAUUAAAUAAGGAAUAGUAAAUGUUUGAUGUUUAAUAAUAAAAACAACUCAUGUCAAAACGGCCUCCAGUCCCUAAGUUUGAAGAAAGAAGUCAAACUCCACCAAAACAACAUUCUAUAUUUGAUUAAAUUACCCAUUUGAUAGUCAAAUAUAAUCUUAAUGCACAAAUUGAAAAAUAAUGUGUAGCAAUAAUGAGAAUAAUUCAAUUACCUAAUACUAAUUUUCAUGCUUAAGUUAUAGUUUGCUGUGCAAUGCAAUAAUUGAAUCUGGAAUAAUAAAUGUUCUCUCAAAAAAUAUAAUAAUUUGCUUAACACAUCAAUUAUCGACUAAACAACAUGUUAACCUAAUUGUGUGAAAAGCUUCAUAUGGACAAAAAAUAAAAAAUGCUAUGUCAAUUAAUGCACAAAAUCAUAUAUAAAUAUGUAAACAAACUUUCUAAACCUAUGCAACAUGCAUUAGCAAUCAAAAUUGCAUGUGACAUAAUCUAUUAUAACGAAGGAGGAAUCAAUUUAAACUAAUUGGCUCAAACUUCUCAAGUAAAAAUUGAUCAAUUACAAUCUUGUCUCAACAGAAUUAAGCCAUUUGCACAUACUAUAAUUUAGAAUUAUAUCAACUACUGUAAACAAUAGAAAGAAUCAUAAUGA